UUUUAGCUGGUAUCGGUAUCGGCGACAAAAGUGGUAUCGGUACAUCUCUAAUCCAUAGCAGUGGAGAACGCUGAGGAAGCCACGUCUGCCGUUGUUGGUGAUUUUCGACUGGCCAGUGCUAAAACGAAAGCGAUCGGUUUGUGCCAACGACUAACAUACCGGUUUGUGCACAGUAGCCUAGCGUUAGUCUACUAGCAAUUGCAGAAUUAAAAAACAAAAUUCGGCCGCAGAGUACUGGUACGGUACCAAUACAAAGGAUAUGUGUUUACUGUGAUCUGUGACACUCAUAAGGACUGCUAAGUACCGUAUACUUUUGAUGGCAUGCUAAUUGGCUAAUUGCUAGUACGUACAAUGUUUGGGUCUGUGUAGUUUCUUACCUAAUAGCUUCUAAGUUAACUAGUGGGCGUGGCGUAACAAUUGUUGGAUAUAUGAUUCCUGACCCCCCCCCACCUGAUGACGUCAUCAAAAAUUACGUCACAAUAACGUCUUUCGAGAAUCCGGUACCUUGGCCGGUGCUAACUAACUUAGAAUACACCAUUUUGCGUAGGUGUUAACAAAUGUUAGUGACUGAGUGGGUAGCCAAAUAUAUUUAUCUUCACUAUUGAAUUUGUACGGUAUGUAAAACAGCCACCUUUCCAUCCCCCAUUAAAAGAAGAGCCUUCGCACAGUUGCAGGCAUACCGGUAACGUACGGUACCCGUUACCGCCGUCGCAUGGCGAGUGGCCCAUGGCGAGUUGGCCUCCACGGCGAGUUAGCUUCCACCCCUUUGAAAUAGUAAAAUUCUAAUUAAUAAUGUGUAUGCAAUGUUACAAUACAUGUGUAUACAUUUUAUUGUGACACCCUGUACUGGAAAAACACACAGUUUACUGCAGAAGGUAAAACAAAGUGCACGAAAAGUUCUCUGAUGGUUGUUUUCUGGUGUUCCUGUCUUUGAUGUUCUACUCCCAAAAAAAAUUUCUAAGCAUAAUAGAAACAAGACAUGAUAUGAGCGUUGCACUCUCCCAAACCUGCAAACAGAACCCAAAAUAGAUAAACUGGUUGAAGCCAGAAAGGCAUUGCUAUUCCAGUAUUCUGGAUCCUUUAGUGGGCCAAUUUUAAAGGGACCAUUAUGCAAAUUAUAUCAAAAAGUUUGAGAACCACUAGGUUACCCAGUUAAUUUUUUUCAGAUGCAUGGUCAGAUGGUGAAGGAAGCAGUAACCAACCACUGAACCAGCGGUUAAGUCAGUAAGUGAACCACCCUACAGUACUGUGGCGAGGAGGCCAGCAAUCUUUUCGCCCAUAAUUAUCCCACACAGGUCUCGGACCUGUGAACCCACCCAGGAUAAUAGAGGUGGGGUGGCAAGCGUAUAACCUAACCUCAAAUAUACGUAUACACCGCCAAAGACUUUGUCACAAAUAUCCUGGUAUCAGUAUAUCUUCUUUCAGCCUUGUGUUAUUUUUUAUGAAUGGGCAUGAGUGCUAUUUGCAUCACAUUCUCUUCAGCUUUAGUUUUUUCUACUUUCCAAUCUUUUUUCCAAUAUAAACACAAUUCAGAAAUUACUAUAGUUGUUGGUAUUUAUGUUCUGCGUUACAGAUAAAAGAUUAACUUAUAUAUUCAAAAAAUAUAACGGAUCGAAAGAAAACAUGAAUCGUUUUACUAUUUCUGCAAUCUUGAAAUCUAUCAAAGGAAAGCCUAUAUCCAGUAUAUCACUAAAAAAUGUCAGAUGCUUCAGUUCUUCAUCAGAUAAAAUGAUUGUUGAAAUCGACUCACAAUCUGGUAUAGCUACAAUGUAUGCUAAUAAUGCACCAGUUAAUAGUUUAGAUUCGGGAUUGCUUACAGCUGCUGUCAAGGCUGUGAAAGAGGCAGAAAAAAAUCCAGAUGUUCGAGGAAUAUUACUUACUUCAAAAUUUGAUGGACAAGUUUUUUGUGCUGGUCUGAACAUUUUAGACAUGUAUCAGAAGUCUCAUCAACAUUUGGUUGAUUAUUGGACAAUGGUUCAGGAUUGGUAUCUUGCUUGGUAUGGGUGUAAAAAACCUACAGUUGCUGCAAUAAAUGGUCAUGCUCCAGCUGGUGGUUGCGCUUGGUCGAUGAUGUGUGACUAUCGCAUAAUGCAGUCAGGUGCUGGAAAAACAAUUGGACUCAAUGAAACCAUGCUCGGUAUAGUGGCCCCCUUCUUUUUUGUGGAAUUGAUACAAUCUACAAUUGGGCAUCGUGCAUCAGAAGAAGCUUUACUGAAAGGAUUACUUCUUUCGGCAGAAGAUGCUCUCAAAUAUGGCAUGAUUGAUGAUAUUGAAAAGCUGGAAAACCUCAAUUCCAAGGCAAUAAAAGAGCUAAAAGCAUUUAUGGCAAUUAAUCUAAAUGCGUAUCAGGGCUCAAAAAUGUUGCUUAGACAAGAUGUCAUGAAACGAUUGAUAGCAGUCAAAAAAGAAGAUGCUGAAUUUUUUUCAAAUUUUGUCUCACAGCCACAAGUGCAAGAAUCAAUUGGGAAUUAUGUAGCCAGUUUAAAAGCAAGAAAGAAAUAACUAUUGUGACAUUAUAUGAUUUAUAAUUUGAUGUCACUUCUUUGUUCGUGAUCAAGGUUCUAAGAUUAUAUUUUUCAGAAUUUAAUUAUUUUGUUUGAUUUACCAUAUAAUAUAAUUAUUUUGUUACAUUUUUUGAAAGGUUUUCUUACAAUUAUUUUUUUAGUUCAAAAAUCUGAAAUUGAUUAUGUAGAACCUAAUUUAAAGUGAUGAAUGAAAAGAGGAAUCUUCAGAAUAUUGUCCUUGCUACUCCUAUACUCUUGAGUGUUUUGUGCUGAAAAUCAUUUUAUGCUGAUAAUUAUUUUGCAUAGAAUAAGAUAUAUAUUUUCUUUGAAAACCUGGCUGACAAUCGCUUUUUUCAUAACUAAUCUACCGUACCUCAUUUUUUUUUUUUGAUUUACCAAUGUUCACAACAAGGUUAUGAAUUUAUUUACA